CUUUACUGUGCUUUCGUUUCUCUAAAGAAAACAUUUCUUAUUGUCUCUCUGCUUGUUUGGUGUUUGAUCAUUUGUCUAAGAGAAAUUCAAAUUGAAAUGGAGAAGAAGUAUGUGUGCAAGUUCUGUAACAAGAAGUUCACUUCUGGCAAAUCACUUGGAGGUCACAUCAGGAUUCAUUCCAAUGAGUACACAGUUGCUUCUGAUCGUUACAAUGGCAAGAAUCCUAAGUUGAAGAACAACAACAACAACAACAACAAGAGGUUGGUGGAACAGCAACAACGAGAACAACAUUGUUGCAGAGAAUGUGGUAGCAAUCACAUGGAUUGUCAUUGUGUGGGAGAGAAGAUGGUGAUGGAUAGCCAAUCUGAUACUGAGACUACUUCCUCAGCUCCUACCAGGAAAAGAUCCAAAAAGCUGAUGAAACAGUCAGAAGCUUUUAGUAAUGGGAGCUCGUCUUCUGCUUCUGAGAUUGACCAAGAACACAAGGACACUGCUUUGUCUCUGAUGAUGAUGUCUAUAGAUUCUAAAGGACAUAACUUGGUGGUGAACUCUCUAGCUGAGUCAUCUGAGAACAACUCUGAGAUUCUGGAGACAAAGGCUUCUUCAGGGGAGCAGCUAAACGUGAAGAGUCAGGGUUUAGAGACUGAUAAAGUUGCAGUUGAUGACCAAUUGAGAUCUGCCAAUGAUGCUGAUUCAUAUAGCUCUGAUUCUGAUUACUUCAUGAAUGGCCCAAAGAAGUCAGACUCAGAUAUCUCUGUUGAUGGUUCUCUUAGGAACACUGAACUCAACAGUUUCAAGAACGGUGAUGAGCUUGGGGUCAAGGAGGGAGGAUCAAAGUAUCAGCUGCGCAAAAGCAAAAGGGUCUUGCCUUCUUCUUAUGAAAGUGAUUCUUGUGCAGACAGAAACAUGAAGAUUCAUAGGUCCGGUGAUUGCAAGAUGGUUAAGAAAGCAAGUGGUGCAAACAAAAGUAGCAAAGCUCACGAGUGCCCAAUUUGCUUCAGGGUGUUCAAAUCAGGCCAAGCUUUAGGAGGUCACAAGAGAUCACAUUUCAUUGAGAGCCAAGAACAGAAGAUCAAACACAAAGCAGCAGUUGAUAUGCGUAUCGAUCUCAAUCUCCCUGCUCAUGAUGUUGAUGUAUGAAUCAUAACCUAAAUCAAAUGUUUUCUUGAUUUUGUUCAUAUAAAGUUUUAAACUUAGCCAAUUCUUUUCUCUAUGACUUCUGAGUGUUGAUAUAAAGCUUCACAAUAUCAAAUACCCUCUUUAUCAGAUGCGG